CACAACCACUCGAGGUGACACUUGACGUGGCGGGUGUUGGUCUGAGGUAUAGCUCCACUAGUGAGGCGUCUACUCACAAUUUGAAAUAUGAGUAAGAACGAGAGUGUGAGUGUGGCCAUCGAGGAGAAUGUUGCUCAACCUAAGAAGAAUGUCGUCAAAGUGUUUGGUUUUCCCAUCUCCAGUCUUCCUCCCACUUCACGGUUCAUCCUCCUGUCACUGGCGGUCUUUAUCUUCUAUCUCAUCUACGGAUAUAUACUGGAACUAAUCUUCACCCUGGAUGGGAUGCGGCCUCAUGGUUGGUUCUUGACUCUGGUCCAGUUUGCAUUUUAUACGUUGUUUGCUCUCCUGGAGAUUUUUAUAUCUGGCUGUAGUAUUAACAGAAAAAUACCUUUGAAAACCUAUGUGAUAAUUGCUAUAUUAACUGUUGGCACAAUGGGGUUUUCAAAUUCUUCAGUUGGAUAUCUAAACUACCCAACGCAGGUUAUAUUCAAGUCGUGUAAGUUGAUACCAGUAAUGAUUGGUUCGAUGCUAAUCCUCGGGAAACGGUAUUCAUUCGCUGAAGUGGUGGCCUGUCUGUGUAUGAGCCUGGGAUUGAUCUGGUUCACCCUCGCCGACACCACCGUCCAGCCUAACUUCUCCAUAACUGGUGUUGCACUGGUGAGUCAAGCACUGCUGUGUGAUGCUGUCAUCGGCAACGUCCAGGAGGGAGCCAUCAAGAAACACAAGGAGGACACGACCCACGUGGUCCUCUACUCCUACAGCAUCGGGUUUUUCCUGAUAUUUAUUGGUCUCAUCUUAACAGACCAGUUAAUACCAGCUGUGUCCUUUGCCAGUCAGUUCCCGUGGGAGGUGUAUGGCCGUGCUGUGUUGCUCUCUGCAGCGGGGUUCUGUGGGGUGCAAGUUGUGUUAACGUUGGUGACUUUUUACGGGGCCCUGGUUGCUGUCACUGUCACCACCUUCCGCAAGGCCAUCACCAUCUGCCUCUCUUUCAUACUCUUCAGUAAACCAUUCACCAUACAGUAUGUGUGGGGAGGACUGCUGGUAAUUGCUGGGAUAUAUCUCAAUAUGUUUGGGAAGAAGAACAAGAGUUCCACUCCCUUACUGGUGUCUAUACAACAGAUUUAUAUGAAGGUCCAGCAGCAUAUGGCACCAAAGGUCAGCCAGAUACAUGAAGGCGACAGAUCAACAUUCAAUAUCUGAAUAUCUUAUUGUAUUAUUAUAUUGUGACACCAAAGUGUUUUAAGUCAUAGUUCUCACCUGGACACACUAGGAGCUGUUGUCAUAUUGCCUCCACUUAGUGUUGAUAAAUAUACAGUACUGACCAAAGAUAGAUACUGGUAGGAACUGAAGGACAUCUGCUGUACAGUGCAGAACUAUGUGUAAUGAAACACCUGACAUGCAUAUUUAGUUCCAGCUUGUACUCUAUGAUGAUUAUAAGGUUGACCAUAGCUAUGGUUAGACCUAAGUGGAUGUAAAACACAAUGUGAAAGGGAUACAGUACAGUGUGCACAACAUUUAUUUUGUGUGUUGCUUGCAGUUGAAUGUUUAGGUUAUCCUAGUUGUCCCAAGAGUAGUGCUUGACUGCCAGCAAGGUCAUCAUACUCUGUGUGUGUUAUGAGUCAUUCAUUUACAUCAAGAGGAAGGAAACUCCCUUUGGACGCCUCGGGUUAUUUUGCGAUUUUAUAUUACCGUUUUUUUAUUUUGCGUCUACCUAAAUCACAACCAUAUUCCUGAAUGAGAGAAAAGCCAGACUCAAAGUAUUUUAAAUCAACCGCUCUGUCAAUUAUAACUACCCUAAUGCACACUUCUGCAGCUGCAUUGGUAUUCCUUUUAUUUUUAGGGGGGGGGGGGAAGGGUGUAUCAUGUGACAGGAACAUAUUUAUCUUCUAUGGGAAAAUUUCCAUAAGUAGCAGGUAGACAUGUCUUACCAUCAUCCAGUAUUGCUGUCGAAUCAUUGGGUCACUUGGUCGAUCAAAGGCAGCGAUAUCUUGUGCAAUUUUCUUUCUUUUAUUUUGCAAUUUUCUUCUCUUUUUUUUUACAGCUCUCUUUAUUUACCCAUUGUGUACCUGAACGUUGUCUAUUUCCUGCUUAUUUUAAAUGAAUAAAUAAACCUAUUAAGCAAUGUUUAGGGAAUUUUUUAGGCCCGCUGCCCCUAACUCCUUACUGUAUUUUGUAUUGAAUUACUGUAUACUGUAUAUGUAUAUUUUUAUCUCACUUAUGGCUCCUAUGUUGCGAAAUAACCCGAGGCUGCUGUAUUUGUGGGACUGUUUAAGUUUUUCAGGUUACAUGAUCAAUUUCUUUCCUUGUUAAGUGGUUGAUUCUGUCUUAGCAACUGUGUUCCAUUUCACUUGGUAAAUUAUUUUAUAUAUUGGGUCCAAACUGGUGCUUCAUUAUAGGAUUCUGGGGACUAUUGGUAAACAAUUUUUAAGAUAUGUUUUAAAUAAUGUUGUUGGUCAGUAGAUUUUAUAUGUACUUUAAGUGUUAUAUAUUUUAUUAAUUAGGCAGAGUUUUGUCCCAAGAAAUAAUAUAUGUUUUGUCAUGUCUCUGUUUAAGUUGUAGUUUGACGAUGAUCGAAAGUUAAUGGUAGAUUUUAUGUUUUAUUAUUGUAGUACUGUGAAGUGGUGCAUCACAUUCUUCUGUAGUUAUGGCGGAAGGGCAUUCUGUAGUUCACACAACAGUGCAUUGUGUAGUUUAGACAGCAGUGCAUUCUGUAGUUCAGAUAGCAGAGAAUUCUGUAGUCCAGGUAACAGUGCAUUGUGUAGUUCAGGCAACAGUGCAUUGUGUAGUUCAGGCAACAGUGCAUUGUGUAGUUCAGGCAACAGUGCAUUGUGUAGUUCAGGCAACAGUGCAUUGUGUAGUUCAGGCAACAGUGCAUUGUGUAGUUCAGGCAACAGUGCAUUGUGUAGUAUUAAAAUUAAUCCUGGAUUCUUGGGUGAAUAUUUCCAUACAUUCCAUUGAUUCAUCAAGUAUCCCCAGGCAUCCAGCUUAAUGGUCAGGGAUCUGUGUUAUUUUUGUUUUGGUAAAUGGUUAAUAAUGUGACAAGAAAAGACAUCAUUAUAAAGUUAGGUUUUAUAUUAAUUGUCAUUAAAAUUAAACAAUA